AUGCCAUCAGCUCAUAACGUAACAUAUUGCCCUUUGACGACCCUGGUGCUCUUACCUUUUUGCCUCUUUAUUACUCUCCUUCCCCUAAGUUUUCUCCUCACUCUUUAAUCCCCAUUUCUUAACUCCCCAUUUUCUUCUUGAGCAAGCACAAACCAUGGCUGCAGAGUUACACAGAGGCUCCAUAUACGUGGACCAAGAUCCUGAAGCUUUCAGUAAUGGUGGUGUCCGAAAGAACCUUGACGAUGAUGGUCGUCCCAAAAGAACUGGGACUUGGGUAACGGCAAGUGCUCACAUCAUCACCGCCGUGAUUGGGUCCGGCGUGCUGUCUUUGGCAUGGGCCAUGGCUCAGCUAGGUUGGAUUGCUGGCUUCGCCGUUCUUAUGGCUUUUUCCUUCAUCACCUACUUCACCUCCACCCUUCUGGCUGACAGCUACAGGGCUCCCGAUCCGGUCACCGGAAGAAGAAACUAUACCUAUAUGGACACUGUCAGGGCUCAUUUAGGAGGAAGGAGAGUGCAACUGUGUGGAUUGGCUCAAUACUCGAACCUAGUGGGCAUAACCAUAGGUUACACCAUAACAGCAUCAAUUAGUAUGGUAGCGGUUAAACGUUCAAACUGCUUCCACCGUCACGGUCAUAAUGUCAAGUGUCACACCUCCAACAACCCUUUCAUGAUCAUCUUUGCUUGUAUUCAAAUCCUUCUUAGCCAAAUCCCCAACUUCCACAAGCUCUCAUGGCUGUCUAUCCUCGCCGCCAUCAUGUCCUUCUCUUAUUCUUCUAUUGGACUCGGCCUCUCCAUAGCCAAAGUUGCAGGUGGGGGAAAUCAAGUGAGGACAGCGUUAACUGGAGUAACAGUGGGAGUGGACGUGUCACCGACAGAAAAGGUGUGGAGAACGUUCCAAGCUAUUGGGGAUAUUGCCUUUGCUUAUGCUUACUCCACCGUUCUGGUUGAGAUUCAGGAUACCCUGAAGUCAAGCCCGCCGGAGAACAAGAUGAUGAAGAGGGCGUCAGGUAUUGGGGUCUCAACCACCACCAUCUUCUAUGUCCUCUGUGGUUGCGUGGGUUAUGCUGCAUUUGGAAACGAUGCACCGGGGAAUUUCCUGACUGGGUUUGGAUUCUACGAGCCUUUUUGGCUAAUUGACUUGGCCAAUGUCUGCAUUGCCAUCCAUCUUAUUGGUGCAUACCAGGUUUUCGGCCAGCCUCUCUUUCAGUUUGUUGAGAGCAAAUGCUCUGAAAAAUGGCCUGAAAAUAAGUUCAUAACAAGGGAGCAUGCAAUUGAAGUUCCAUUCAUAGGUGUAUACUAUAUGAACUUCUUCAGGUUGGUAUGGAGGACAGCAUAUGUGAUUAUGACGGCAGUGGUGGCGAUGAUCUUUCCAUUCUUCAAUGACUUCCUGGGUCUCAUUGGAGCAGCCUCGUUCUGGCCAUUAACAGUCUACUUUCCAAUAGAGAUGCACAUUGCACAGACAAAAAUGCGAAAGUAUUCUUUUACCUGGACAUGGCUGAAGGUGCUCAGCUGGGCCUGUUUGAUAGUUUCACUUGUCGCUGCAGCAGGAUCUGUUGAAGGACUGGUGCAGAGUCUCAAGGCAUACAAGCCCUUCCAGAGCCAGGGCUGAUCUAUCCUCACAAAUAUGUAAUAGUUUCAAUAAUGUAAUCUCUUUCCUUCUCUAUCUUACAAAACUGCUUGUAAUGUAUUGCAUGACUACUAGACAUGGAAAUAGAAUAUCAAGCAAAUGUAAUCCUUUUACUCAACAACAAUGCCAUCAAAAAUCUGAUAUGGGUCAAACAAAGCACAUAAACAAAUUAACCUGCAAAGAAUAAAGAUCACAUACAAGGGUCAUUGAUCAUGUGGGCCUCAUUGACCAGAUGCUCAGCUUGAGUUGAGCAAUUACACUUCAUCAUGCAACAGCAAGACAGUAGUCAACAGAAACUUCGCAAGAUGCAAUAUGUUAGAGCAGUGCUUAUGGUAACAGCAGCAUCUGAAAUACAACUAUCAGAAUGAA